GCGGCAGUCCCGCGGCAGCAGCAUGGAGGCCGGCAGCGCCGCCCCCGCGGGCCCCGCGCUCGCCGCGCGCCCUCUCGUCAACCCCGACGAGUACGGCGAAGUCGACACCACCAGGUACCCGGAGCCGAAGGAGGCGACGCACAAGGUGCGCGGCCGCAGCGACCUGCUGGAGCUGAUGUGCGGCGCCGGCGCCGUCGACCCCGAGCUGCUCACCGUGAAGACGUUCUACUUCUUCUUCUACUCGGCUUUCGGCUCGCUGUUCCCGCUGAUGGGCGUGUACUUCAAGCAAAUGGGCAUGAACGCUGGCCAGUGCGGCCUGCUGAUCGGCACGCGGCCCUUCGUCGAGUUCCUAUCGGCACCCUUCUGGGGUGGGCUGGCCGACCGCUGGCAGAAGGGGCGCACGCUGCUGCUGGCGUCGCUGGGCGCGUGGGUGGUGUUCACGCUGCCGCUGAGCUGGGUGCAGCCGGGUGCCGUGGCGUGCGUUCAGCCCGUCAACGCCACCAUGUACCAGCUGGCGCCGCCCAACUACGACGAGGAGCCGGCGCCGGGCACGCGUGCCUUCCGCGGCCCACAAGCCUCGCGCAGUGAUGGCAGCCCGCUGCCCGUCUCCGACGCCAUCAACUACAACCCCCAGGAGAACGCCAACUGGGUGACACCGCUGCACUCCUCCAUCGUAUACCGCAAGCCCGACAUCCAGAAGACGUUCUUCCUGCUGCUGCUGCUGGUCGUCAUCGGGGAGUUCUUCAGCGCACCGGCCAUCACGCUGGCCGACUCAGCCGUGAUCACGCUGCUGGGCGAGGACGCGGACAGGUACGGGCACCAGCGCAUGUUCGGCUCGCUGGGCUGGGGGCUGGCGAUGUUCUUCGUGGGCAUCGCGCUGGACCACAGCACGGCGUUCAGCUCGCACCCGUGCGGCGGCCCGCAGCGCUAUGAGAAGAAUUACACGAUCUGCUUCGCAACCUUCUCCGUGCUGAUGGGCGCUGCGCUCAUCACCGCCACGCAGAUCCGUUUCAAGUACGAGUUCGUGAGCGUAGAGGCGCCGGCGCCGGCGGCCCCCAGCUCGCCCACGCAUGAGGAGAAGCUGCAGCAGCAGCUGGCCGAGCAACUGCAGCUGCCCGGACUCGACACAUCCGCGCCCGCGCCGCGCCCGCAGCCCGCAUUACACCCCGCCAAGGUGUUCGCGCAGACGACGCGCGAGAUGCCGGAGUGGGUAACGGUACUGCGGCAGUUCCAGAACGUGAAGGCAGCUUCCUUUCUGCUGGUGGCCUGGUUCAUGGGCUUCGGCAUCGGACUCAUCUUCACUUUCCUCUUCUGGCAUCUCCAGGACAUCGGCGGGUCCCCGACGUUGUUCGGCGUGGCGUCCGUCAUCAACCACAUCUCCGAGAUCUUCGCCUACUUCUUCAGCUUUAAAUUAAUCACUCAAAUGGGCCACGUCAAGGUGCUGUGCCUGGGGCUGGCAGGCAACGUGCUGCGGUUCCUGUACAUCUCGUGGCUGUCCAACCCGUGGUGGGUGCUGCCCUUCGAGUUCGUGCAAGGCGUGACGCACGCGGCGGUGUGGGCCGCCUGCUGCUCGUACAUCGCGCACCACUCGCCGCCCGGCCUGCGCUCCUCCGCGCAGGGCGUGCUGCAGGGGCUGCACCACGGGCUGGGCCGCGGCUGCGGCGCCGUGCUGGGCGGCGUGGCGGUGGCGCGCUGGGGCACGACGCGCACCUUCGCCGGCUACGGGCUGCUGUGCGGCGUGGCGCUCGCCGCCUUCGCCUUCGUGAACUUCCGCGACGGCGGCGAGGAGGUGAACGCGGGCGCCGACGCGGACGAGGAGGCGCGUGCGGUGGCGGAGGCCGGCGUGCUGGCGCCGCACGGCGUGCCCUCCAACCCGCUGCCGCGCGCGCUCUCCUCCACGCGGCUCGCGGACCUCGCACACCACGACCAGUACGGGGCCACGCAGAGCUACGGCGGCGGCGACAGCCUGGGCGUCCCGGGGCAGGCGCCGGCGCCGCGGCCGUCCAACCCGUUCCUGGCGGAGCAGGCGGCGCCCGCGCAGCCCGCCGCAUACAGAUAAACGCGCGUCACGUGUCAGGCCUGCCGCUCGACGCGCCGCGCGCGCCCAGCGGACACACUAUAUGGAGUUAGCACCCCGUACAAUAGAUUCAAACAGGAAAUCAGUGUCGGCGCCGCAUGUUGCAACUAUAUAAGUACUCCUUCUACUUCCAGAUAAUGAGUUUCAAUUUGUAACGAACGUCGGAUCCGCUGUACUCAACGUUCGACCAUCAGAUAAAGCACAGUUCAUGUAGCGUUAUGUGUUUUAAUUAGUGGAGAGUUUGAGUUACGUGGUGUUGGUUAUGUUGUGCUAUAAGCGCGCAGUGCGGCCGCACUCGCCGUUGUUACUGUUGUAAAUAACCCAACAUGUAUGUACGUAGGUGUGUAUCGGGUGCUGUCCGACUUCUGUACUCUACUAUAUGUCUCACUACGCCGCCGCUAGCGGGCGGCACUGUUGCUAACUACAUACCAAUAAGAGUGUGCUGUAUUGUACAAUUUAUGAAAGCGAUGUCAUAUCAUGGUGUGAUGAGUAGAGGUCUAUAUAGGCGGGGAGGGCCGGCCGCCAGCCGCCGCGCCCUCGCCGCCCUAUUUUGUUGAUAAUGUAGCAGAUAUUCUAAUUAUUACGAUAGCUCUAUGUAUACAAGUAUUACUACAUUGUUGUACUAAGCUUGCCGCACCGGUUAUAUAUUUUUGCACGCAGGCCGCCGCUGCGCCGCCGCCGCCGGUGACGACUCUCUCAUUCGAAUGUACUAACAUUAAAUGUUGAACUAUUCA